AUGGCCGAUAGACAAGCCGAAGCCGGCGCCGGCCAACCCCAAAGACCACCAAGAACAGCAACCACCACCACCAACGGCAGCACAUUCCUCCGUAAACUCCAUGAACAUGUACCAAACUCAAAGCAACUCAUGGGUUUCUUAAUCCUAGUGAUCUCCGGAGGCAUUUUACUACUCCUCAGCGGUUUAACCCUGACCGCCACUGUUAUGGGUCUCAUCUUCUUCACCCCCUUGAUCCUCAUAUCUAGCCCGAUUUGGCUCCCUAUCGGUUCGGUCCUCUUUGUUGUCAUUGCCGGUUUCUUGUCGGUUCUCUGGUUCGCCGUCGUGGUUGUCGCCGGUAUUUCAUGGGUGUAUAAGUACUUCCAGGGAUCCCACCCGCCCGGUUCAGACAGGUUUGAUUACGCCAGAAGCCGAAUAGCCGACACGGCCAGUCAUGUGAAGGACUAUGCGAGGGAGUAUGGUGGGUAUUGGCAGAGUAAGGUGAAGGAUGCUGCUCCUGGUGCGUGAAAGGUUGGUGAACCGGUCG